AUGGCUCCUCCGCCGCGGCGAAACCCGCAGCAAAACCCCACCCGGAGGAAGGGCGAGGAGCCGUGGCUCGCCGCGAGCCUGCGCCCGGCGAACUUCCUCCCGGGCCUCGCCAUCGGGUUCCUCCUCGGCCUCCUCCUCGACCUGUCCUCGUCGUGGAGACCCAAGUCCAGCUCCCCGCCGGCUCCGGCCGCGGCACCCGCGCGGGGCUCCAGCUCCAAGCGGGCGUCGGGGAGUUCGUUUGCCUCAGGCGGCGAGGAGCUUAAGAUGGUUUUAGUGGUACGCCAGGACCUCAAGAUGGGGGCUGGGAAAAUAGCUUCUCAAUGUGCCCAUGCAGCGACUGGCUUGUACGCCGAGUUGUUUUCAAGCAAUCGGGGUUUACUGAGACAAUGGGAACAACUUGGACAAGCUAAGAUUGUUUUGACAUGCAAGAAUCAACAGGAAAUGAACAGGCUAAAGGAAACUGCAGAACAUCGAGGUAUUCCUACAUUUAUUGUUGCUGAUGCAGGCCGCACAGAGGUGUUGGCUGGAUCCAAAACAGUUCUUGCAAUAGGACCAGCAGCCAGCAGGGCCAGCAGGAGGGAAAGGGCGGACCAACUCAAGCCCAAACCCUCAACCCCCAGCCGCGCCGCGCCGCCCGCCCAUGGCCUCCUCCUCCCACUCCUCGCCGCCUCGCGGCGCGGCCGCAGCGCGCGGCAGGCGCCCUUCUUCCGCGACCUCGCCACCCCGAUCCCGUCCCACCGCGGCGUCUCCCGCUUCGCCUCGGGGGCUUCCCCCUCCGCCACGCCGCCGCCGCCGCCCAUCUUCACCCUCGACGACCGCUACGCCGCCGCGGACUUCUCCCCGGACCCCACCGCCUCCGACCUCCUCCCCGUCGCGUCCUCCCCCUCCCCCCGCGCCGCCGCCAGCCGCUCGCCGCCAUGGGACCUGUCCCGGGGCAAGGUGUCGCUCGCCACCAGGAUCCCCCAUGGAUGGGGUCGUCGAGCCGGCUCGGAAAGAGGUGCUCGCUUUGCCGCCGCCCGCGAGCCCUGGCGCCCCACCUCCUGCCACGACAGCGGAGGCGCAGUCACCGGUGUCCCCGCGCAGGCACCGGCUGGGACGGAGCCAGUGGCGAACGGAGGGGAGGUCGAACGGGAGGAGUGGGUCACUGUAUUCGGAUUCUCUAUUGGAGAUACCAACCUUGUUCUUCGGGAAUUCGAGAAAUGUGGAGUAAUAUUGAGACAUCACUCUGGUCCAAGAGAUGGAAAUUGGAUCCACAUAUUGUACCAGCGCUCUUAUGAUGCUCAAAAGGCCCUUCAGAAAAAUGGUAUCCAACUAAGCAGCGGUCUGAUAGUUGGAGUAAAGCCUAUUGAUGCAGUGCACCGGCAGCAGCUGGAUGAGAGUUUCGCGCGAAGCAGUCAAGGUGGAUUUAUGGUUUCCUUGCCUUCAAAGUCACUUGGCUUGAAGAGCACAGGUGCAUCGCACCAGUUAGGAGCCUUGCCCCGCCCGUAUGACCCUAAAGCUAACACUAAUGUUAGCCGAGAUGCAGGCCGUCGUGCAACUGGCAGCGUUGCUGCACCAGCAAAAUCAAUUUUAACCAAUGUGAUGGAUUUGAUAUUUGGCAUCUGA